UCCAACUCUCACCCCCAGACACUCCACACCCCGACAUACCACUCCCGCAAACGCACCCAGCCAGGCACCGAAACCUGGCUUUCACUAUCGACAGUAGACUAUUCAACUACUCACCAUCUAUGGGCUCUGCUUCUCCCUCCGCGACCGCUUCUUUCUUCCCCGCCCACAUCACCCUGGUUGGCUCUGUACUCCCCUAUAGCACACUGAAGUCGGGACUCAACAAGACGGACGCUUCGUUCGCCAGCCUGGUGAAUCCCUGUGUAGGGGAGGCCGGUCCGCCGUGAAAGGCGGACGGUAAUAUUGGUGCAAACAAGACCGGAGUUGGAUAGUCAGCAGAACCAAGCGCAGAUUAACCCGUAGAGCAAGCACUCGUGCAUAUCUCUAACACCGCCGCCCUCAUGGGGCUCUUCGCAUUCGAUCACAACGAUGCGCAUCUUCCGGGCAGAGCGCAACAAGCGCCUGAACCCAUAGUCCGCGACGACAUAGUUACGGCAGACGCGAUGGAUAUGAGCCCGCCAAAGGCGCCUCUUCACGUGGGGACCCCGCCCAUCAACAUUGUGUCGCCUUUCCCGAAGCGCGCUGUGCAGCCCAACCUGGAGGGCAAGCAGCAAGGGUCGGAUAAGCUGGAUUUUGACGUGGUCAUGAAGAAGGCACAGAAGAACAAGAAGAAGAAAAAGAAGACCGCAAAGGGUGAUCUAGCUACCAAUAUCACGCGCGGCUUCCACACGCCCGUCACUUCCGGUGGCGAAGAGUCGGAUUUCUCCAUAGCAGCUACGCCGCGCUUUGGCCCUGUCCGAUCUGGACUUCCCAGCGUCACCAGUAGCCCUGCUCUGAGGCCAGCGUCUACCGUUGGAGGCAUCACCAACCUCAAGGCCCAGCUUGAGGCCUUGAACCUGGGUCCCAGGACAGACUCUCCAAUGAAAGCCAUUCCCAUGUCUCGAGUUGUAUCUGGGCUCUCCAGCAACACCAGUGUCUCGGGCGACAGCGACCGCACAGAGAUGGAAAGCUACGAAGUCGACCUCGUCGAGGACUUCAAUGGCGACACACUCUCCAAGACGUCUACCAUGCUCAGCAGCGACAUGUCGCGCAAGAUGACGGCCGACGACUUCGAGCCGCUCAUGUGUCUUGGAAAGGGCAGCUAUGGCACCGUUCUACUUGUCAGACAGCGCGCUACAGGCCGUCUCUUCGCGCAGAAGCAGUUCAAGAAGGCAUCGAUUACCGUGCAUAAGAAGCUCAUCGAGCAGACCAAGACGGAGCGCAACAUUCUGGAGAGCGUAAACCGACACCCGUUCAUCGUGAGCUUGUACUACGCCUUUCAAGAUCACGAGAAACUCUACCUCAUUCUUGAGUACGCGCAGGGUGGCGAGUUGUUCCAUCAUCUGGCUGCCGAGCGCAUGUUCUCCGAAGACGUAACAGCUUUUUACAUGGCCGAAAUGAUUCUCGCCCUGGACCAUUUGCAUCGUACAGUCGGCGUCAUCUACCGCGACUUGAAACCCGAGAACUGUCUUCUGGAUUCCGAAGGGCACCUGCUGCUCACCGACUUUGGCCUUUCCAAAGUCUCCCUAGACGAAGACAAUCCUUGCAACUCAUUCCUCGGUACUGUCGAAUACAUGGCACCUGAAGUUGUGCAGGGCCUUGAGUAUGGCGCGGCUGUGGACUGGUGGUCCCUCGGCGCGCUGGGUUUCGACUUGCUGACCGGCGCUCCGCCCUUUGCGGGCAACAACAACGCCAAGAUCCAGGAAAAGAUUGUCAAGCAGAAGCUCAGCUUGCCGUACUAUCUCAGCGCCGACGCAAAGGACCUCCUGACCCGCCUUCUCCGCAAAGAGCCAAAGAAGCGUCUCGGUUUCAACAUGCCCAAGGAUCUCCAAACCGUCAAGAAUCACCGCUUCUUCCGCAAAAUCGACUGGAAGAAGUUGGAGGCCAGGGAACUGGAGCCGCCUAUUCAGCCGCUCAUCACCGAUCCUAUCUUGGCUGAGAACUUUGCCCAGGACUUUACAGAUCUUCCACUCAGUCCAGUGCUUACGAAGAAGUUUGAUGACAUGUGGAAUGAUACGCCGACGAAUCCGUUUGGCGGGUUCAGCUUCGUGGCUAGUCAGAGUUUGCUCGAGGCUGGGGAGUGGGGAUACUAGAAGCCUAUUUUUCUUCUCAAUAGCUUUUAGGAGUUGUGUUGUUUGUUUCUUGUUCAUGUUCAUGUGUCUUUGGGGCUGAUUUUGGAUUUCGAGUGGUUUGGUGUGUAAUUGUUGGGAGCGAUGAUUCGAUGCUUAUUGUUACGUUUAUAGAGCCAAGGCGCAAAGACGUGUUGUUGUCGCCUUUUCCAUGUCUAUACCUUACCUUAUCAUUGAACGAACUAUCGGGUCUUUUAAUUGAACUUGUGAC